AUGCAAUCUUCACUUCCUCACAGUAUACAAACUUUCGAAAUUCAUCAGAACUAUCUCAAGAUCAACAACGAAACAUAUCAAUCUGGAACCACAACUGAAGGCAUUGAUGAGAAUACUCAUUUCAUAAUCAACAUAGGAUCCAACAGCUCCACAAACCUGAUUACUCUACAUCAAACGGUUGAAGAAGCAUUAAAUAGAAAAAAUGGACCAAUUGAAGUGGACUUUCUGGAAUUGUCAAUGACUCAUGGAUCAAUUCGUCUUCCGAAAAGUCUGGCCAAGAAGCUGCAAGUUGGAAACAUUGGACCAGUGAAACCAGAUGUUCUGACUGCGUUCGCUACAAUUAUCGAUCCGAGACCCCCUUUGGAUACUCUCGAGUUGUCGAAUGUAACCCCAAAUGAUCCAGUUUUCCAGUUGGAAAUCACCAAAAAGUCGAAGGGACUCGAGUUUGACGUGGAGGGAGAAAAUGGAAAAUGGUUGGAAACAAUCAUGGGUUUAGAGAAUACUAUUACCCAGAUCAACAAUGAUGUUCCUAUUCUUAAUCUGAAGGAGAUUAUGGAGUUGAUUGGGAAGUGGUCAAAGAGUGAUCGGAAAUUGGGAAACAAACUGUCAAUGACAACGACUAACAAGAUUGUGAAAGAAGUAUCGAAACUGAUGAUUGCAAAUCUUGGAGCAGUGUCCGGAACGAUUCCAAUAGGAAUGUUGACAGUGGUCGAUUGCACAGCAAUUCGUAUGAGCAGAUCUCUCGGACUCUCCGUCUUCGGACAGUCUGUCGACCAAAGUCCAAACUCCAAGGCAGUCAUGUUCAUGGGAAUCAUUGAGAUGUGA